UCCAUGAUCUAUAAAAUGGGCAUGCAGGAGCAGGAAGAUCACUCUCACAUCUGCCAUCUCUCCUUUACACCAGACCCACUUGAUCCUCCUGUAGCACUUGUCCAGAUCCAUCCUCCAUUUUUUCAUCAUGGCCUUGUGGAUUCAGUGUCUCCCUCUGGCAAUUCUUCUCUUCGUAUUUACACCCACCACCCAAGCCUUAGCCAACCAGCACCUAUGUGGGCCUCACCUUGUAGAAGCCUUAUACUUGGUGUGUGGAGAAAGAGGUUUCUACUACUAUCCAAAGGUCAGAAGAGACCUUGAACAACCAUUAGUGAACGGACCUCAAGGCAAUGAGCUGGACGGGAUGCAGCUCCCAUCACAGGACUUUCAGAUGAGGAAGAGAGGCAUCGUGGAACAGUGCUGCCAUAGCACAUGCUCAUUGUACGAACUCGAAAACUACUGCAACUGA